UCAACACCCCAUUCCCCCAAGGUCCAAAAAAUAGAAAUAAAACCUGGCGCAAAAAACUCAAACUUAGGCCGUGGACGGAGGAUCCUGUGGAGGAUCCUGUGUGGUGCCAGAACCAUGGCGAUGAUGGACUACAGCCUGAGCAAGGCUAUGCGCCACUUGUGCACGGCGCCGUGUCCGUGCCAGAAGUGCAAGGCCCUCAGGAGGGCGCGGGCCAAUGGCGGAAAGCCCUGCAGACCCAGAAGUCCUGCCGGCAACGGGGAACCCCCCUCGGGGGAAGAUCCCCUCGACGAGGACAGGCACAUGAACUUCAAGGAACAGGACUCGUUUGGGGAGCGGGACAGCACCCUGCCGGCGGGCACCAUAGUGCCGGCGGUGGUCGACAUCACAUGCGGCCACGAGGAGGCUGCGAAUACGUCUUCGUACGUGCGCCACUCCAAUAUCCGCGACACGUUUGGGGUUCGUGUGCCGCAGGGCACCGGCGAUCUGGUGGGCCCCGGACACAGGCUCUGCAGUGCGGAGCUGCACUGCGAUGAGAGCUGCGGCUACGGCACGGGCUGUAACGCCGUGUGCACCAGUCGCACGCAGCCGGCCUUACCCCAGCCGCAGCAAGUGUCAAGCAGCGUGGUCCGAACCGAGGGCAGCGGCUUCAGUGGAGUCGAAGGCGAAGCCGCCGGCAGGAUAAGCGCCUUCGAGGGCAGCGGCUUCGGGAUGCCGAAAGCCUCCGGCGGUGGAGUAAGCGACUGCGGAGCCAGAGCCUACGGCAACAGUGGCACCGGGACUGUGGGCAGUAUCUGCAAUGAGGGCUCGAGAAGCGUCUCGAGAGCUGGCGCAAGCGUAAUGGCAAGAGCAGGCGCCACCGGAAGUGGACGCGGUCCGGGUCUGGUAGAGUUUGACGACGGAUAUGGGGGACCCCCACCCAACAACAGCUACAACAACAGAAACAACAACGCCGCGGGCAUCCAGCUGUUUGGGGACAUGCGAAUCAAUCAGAUUGUCACCUUCAUCAUUGAGAUCAUGGGCGUGCUCAUGUUCUUUGCCAUCUGCACGAUCAGCUUCUGGAUCACCCUGGGCUACUAUGUCGUCAAGCUAUUUGUGGACCUCAAGGAUGCAGACAGGUGGGUGAAAACGGCGGCCGGCAUCCUUGUGGGCAUCCUGCUGAUUUCCUAUUGUGUGACGGCGGUUACGAACAGCGAGGGAGGCUUCUGCUGCCGCGCGAAGAGUCGAGUGAAGGCCAGGAGCAGGUGGAGCCUCGACUGUUGUCCCAGGAUCAAGGGUUUGCUCAACUACUGCUCCGGCAAGCCCCAAGCCGUGUGCCCCAAGGCUAAGCCACCAACAUGCCCCAAGGCUAAACCAGCAACAUGCCCCAAGGCCAAACCUAAACCCAAACCAUGCCCCAAGUGUAAGGCACCGUCGAGCACCUUCAUGUCCAUGAUCUGGCCCCAAAAGGUCCAGCCACCGCCGUGCAAGAAACCCACCAAAUGCUGGUGGGGCAAGUGCGACAUCAAGGCCACCUCCAGUCCCAAAAAAACGUGCUACAGCGACAGGCAAGGGCGUUCCAUCUUCAAGAGCUUCAAUCGGUAUGGAAUACCCUGCGAAAUGAAGCAGCCGCCGAUGUGGAUCGUCUGGCUAUAUCAUAUGGUUAUGAACCUGUUGGGCUACUGACAGACAGGAUCCGUCCGGACAGCAGCAGGAACGGUAUUCGGGGAACCCAAAAUCUUGAAGUUUAAAUAAAAACACUCUAAUUGGCA